CCCCCUUUCGAGCCCCAUUCCUCAAUUUCAUCUAUACUCUCAUUAUUUCUCCCCAAAGCACAACCCUAGCCUCCAUCGCGCCGCCAUUGGUCUCACCGUCGUCGCCUGGUUCGUCGCGGUCGUUCGCCAAUUCUCCUGUUUCGUCCUGCUCGAAGGCCCUUCCAUUCUCCCAACGCCAGCGUCUCUAGGUCCUACUCCGCCGUCGUCCCUCGGUCGUGUUCGUCGCCAGCUCCCCGUCGUCCGUCUCCAGCUCGCCAGUGUUCGUCGCCAGCUUCCCGUCGUCUAUGGCUCUCCCUCAAAUCUCUGGUCACUGCCCUCGCCGAAGUUUCAGCAAUGUCGUCAUCUUCCGAAGACGAGUCAAUGUCCGAGAUGGAAGAACAAGAGAAUCAGAAUAAAGAAAUAAAGCAUGAAAAUGGAGUGCUUGAUUACAUAAUGAGCUUGGAAAGUGUGCCAACAAAGCUCCCUCCACAUCUUGAGCUUCUCAUGACCCGGGUCCUCUGCAACAACGAUGCUCCUCAGCAUACAGAUACCAUACAGUAUUCUGGUGCUUAUGCAGCAUUAGGUGUUGAUAAUAGCUUGCGGUUAGAUAAUUUCAGUCAAAACUUCAAAGUUGAAGUGAAGCGGCUCACAGAUGAUGACAUAGAGUUUGAUAUGAUUGGUAUUGAUCCUUCACUUGCCAAUGCAUUUCGAAGAAUCCUUAUAGCAGAGGUACCAACAAUGGCUAUUGAAAGAGUUUACAUUGCAAACAAUACAUCACUUAUACAAGAUGAAGCUUUAUCCCAUAGAUUAGGCCUCAUACCAAUAAGUGCUGAUCCCAGGCUAAUUGAAUAUCCAGAUAAUGCUGGGGAUGAUAGGAAUGAAAAGAAUAUCAUUGUCUUCAAACUACAUGUUGCUUGCCAUAAAGGACAGCCACGUAUGACCGGUAAAUGA